GAAAUUCUGUUUGUUGAUUCAGUUUAUUAUGUGUGUUUGCGCAAACGAGUUUUCCAAUCUAGACUUUUACUGGCUUUUGCUCCAGUUGUUUGGAAACCAACCGUGCAACCAAAAGAAAUCGAGAUAGCGCAUCCAGUGAUGUUAAAAAGUCUCUAUGGGAAUUACCGGUGCAUAGUGCGGCGGCAUCUCUCUAUAGUUUCGCCCCUCUUCUUUCGGAGAAGUGUUUUGAAGAAUGUGCGAGGUGAACCCAGGACGUUUGACCUCGAGUAACCGUAUAUAAGCCCGGAGCUUCCAGUGUUGAGUCAUCAUUCGCUCUAGAUCUUUUAGUCAAGCAACAUCAUGCAGUCUCUUAACAAGUCGCUCUCGGCUCUUUCUCUCCAAUCUCAGGGCCAGUCAGCCACGUUAUCGAUGGAAGUGAGCUACACGUUCCAUUCUCACCUGAUUGGCAGAUCUGGACAGAACAUUAACCGUGUGAUGGAAGACACUGAAACGCGUAUUCAUUUUCCGGAUCGCAAUCGCAUCGCCGGCGAAUCCAAGAGUAACAGCGUCGUCAUUCGUGGUCCAAUUGCCAAUCUUGAAAACGCUCGUCAACGUAUUCGAGCAGAUGUUCCGGUCGAGUUUAUCGUUGAUUGCAACAUUGAAAGAAUCAGCUCAGUCGGCCAGACAAAUGUGACCCACCACUUCUCGUCAUCAUUUGGCGUCCUGUUGCGAUUCUACCCCAAAAUUGACGGAAUCAGCUGCCAGGUUAACAUCCGUGGCCAUCAGGAUCGCCUUCAACAAUUUAAAGACUCGGUCGUCUAUUUUGGACGUUUAACGGAUACUCUUAUUGAUGCGGUUGUGGUGAAAGUGGAGACUUCUUUUGAUCAUGUGUGGCUUCUUCGUGACCAAGUCGACAAAAUCACCACAGCCACAGGUGCCGGAAUUCGUUGCCCGGAUGUUUCUAUUCUGAAGGAGCUGCCCAAAAAGUAUUGCGUUUGGAUUCGUGGCUCUUUGGAUCAAGUUGACAAGGCCAGCACCAUGCUGAAUGGACUGUUGCCGAUGCAGUUAAUGGUUCAAGUUCCAUCUGAUCGUUUCAAUCGUUGCAUUUUGGCUGAUGCGAAAGAGGCUGACGUGAUGAUUCGUGUUGAGCGCACCACUUCGGACCUUGUGACUAUUCGAUUCACUUCCUACGAAUGGAACGCACGAAACUUGUAUGAAAUGCUGAGACGUUGUCUAGAGCUUCCCAGCGAUCAGACUGUCAUUCCAUCUUUACCGUCGAUUUGGUUGGAGCUUGCUGAACUCACCCAGAAUACUUUCAUUCUGUCUUCACUUAAACUGGCGGAAUCGUCUUCUAGUCAAAGUGGCCCAGCACAGCAGCAGCUGGGCGUAAUCGGCGUUGACAUUCCUCAAUCGUCCAGCACUUCCAGCUCGGAUUCCGGAGCUACAAGUUUGUCAUCUCCACGUGCUGCAGAUUCCUGUAUACCAGCAUCAAUGGCUGCCUCGCAAUUCGACCAGAAUUCGUCUCGUCAUUUGUCGCAGUUGCUGGACACUGUCGGACUCUCUCACUACGCAGAUUUAUUUGUCCAGAACGAAGUCGAUCUGGCGAUGUUUACAACCUUGAAGGACGAGGAUUUCAUCAGCAUAGGAAUCCGUUCCUUUGGUGCCAGAAAAAUUAUGUUGAAUGCCAUUCAAGGUAAUUUAAUCUUUCCCCCUUUAUAAAUGUGAGUUAAUCAA